AUGGAACAACCACGCCAAUACAUAAUCCAACUAUCCGGCCUCCCCGGCUCCGGCAAAAGCACCAUCGCCCACCGCCUCGCCCGCUCCAUAGACGGCAUAGUAAUAAACCACGACCUCCUCAAAUCCUUCUUCCUCGACACCUCCGCAUCCACCUCUACCUCCACCGCCACCAGCCUCGACCAAGCCGCCAAGCUCGCCUACACGCUCGACUGGAUCCUCGCCGAGGACCUCCUCAAGCAAGGCCGCAGCGUCAUCAUCGACAGCGUGUGCAACUACACCACGCUGAUCGAGAAAGGUGUAGAAUUAGCGGAGAAGUUCGGCUGCGAGUAUCGCUUUGUGGAGUGUAGGGUGCAGGAUGUGGAGGUGUUGGAUAGGAGAUUAAAGGGGAGAGUAGCGAUGAGGAGUCAGAGGACGGGGAUUGAUGCGCCGCCGGUGGAUGCGGAGGGGGUGGGGGAGGGGAGUGUGGAUCAUCGCGAGGUGCUGAGGAGGAAGUUGGAGAAUCCGGUGCGUCCGGGUAGUGGUGCUAUUGUUGUGGACUCGAGUGGGAGUACGGAGGAGUGUGUGGAGGAGAUUUUGAGGAGGAUUGUGCUUUGA